GAUCUCCAGGAUGUAAUUCUCUAUUAUCAAUCGCAACCUGAACUUUUACGAUUGAUUCUACUGAGCAAAGUUGAAGAAGAUAAACGUCGUACUGAAGAAGCAAAAUUACGAGCAAAAGAACUUGAUUUGAUGAUCUUGCAACAGCAGCAACAACAACAACAACAACAUUUCCAAUCAUCCUCCUCCAAUACCGUCGAUAUGGAUACAAUGGCCGCCCCGUCCUCAUUAACUCAUUCUACAUCCAUGUCUCCACCUAUGGCUGGUCCAGUUCAAAAUAUUCGCAUGAUGUCCUUCCCGGAGCGACGAAAUAGUAUCGACAUGCUUUUAGAAAACGCUCAGCGACGAGAUUCAGCCCUGGAUUCUUCAUUUGAUGACAGUACUCAUUCUGAAGAACUCGAUGAUCGAAGCUUUUCCCCAAUUUCCACACCUGCUGCAGCGGCAUCCUUACUUCAUAUGGCCAGCCCCUCCAUCGAAGACACCCAAUUCCACGUAGAUCUCGAAAAUCACCACCGCUUGUCAGGCACGUCGGCUGAUGAGUCCCUACGGUCACAGAAUGAUCCGUACUCCGCACAGCGUCCUCGCCGAAGACGAGAAAUGCAAGCCAUCACUAAAAUCGUUGAAACUCGGGAAUUCCCCUAUGCCGAUGGCUAUUUCUGGAAAAACAAUGGUAACACCAUACAAAAAAAGACAGGCAACAAAAGCGUCUACUACAAAUGCUCAAACAGCACAAAGGGAUGUCCUGUGAACAAAACAGUAACAUGGAAGGAAAACGGCGAAUUUCUUAUCAAAUACCGGGGAGAGCAUAUUGCAGAAUGUGGAAAAGUUCAACGUAUCGUUGAC